AUGUCGUGGCAGGGCUACGUCGAUACCAACCUCGUGGGCACCGGCAAGGUCACGACCGCGGCCAUCAUCGGUCUCAAGGGCGGCGUGUGGGCGGCCUCUCCCGGCUUCAAUGUGAGCCCUGAAGAGCAGCAGGCCAUCAUCAAGGGCCUGGAUGACCCCACGCCACUGCAGGCGAGCGGCGUCUACGUGAAUGGCAAAAAGUACCUCACGCUGCAGGCGAAUCCCCGCUCGAUCUACGGCAAAGCAGCGGGCGACGGCGUCUGCAUCGUGCGCACAAGCCAGGCUGUGCUCAUUGGCGCCUACACAUCCCCCCUCCUCCCCGGCGACGCAAACAAGGUGGUCGAGGGCCUGGCCGACUACUUGAUCUCGGUAGGCUACUAG